UUGGUUAAAAAUAAUAAGUCAAGAUGUCGGCAUCUUUGGACUCUGCACUGGACCCCAUGGAGGAGAUCAGAUUCCGCAAGAAACAUGGGGCCAUGUGGAUGGAGAUACAAAAAGACACACAUUUCACAUUUGACGAAUUAGAACAAAUAAUGGUGAUAUUUUUCAAAAUACAGAAACGCGAUGAGAAACCGUCAGCUUCAGACUUAAUUGCUAGGGGCCACUUUAGAGACGUCCUCCAUACCGGCCUGGGGAUGACGGACGCCUACAUGAUGGAGCGUGUGAUGGUUGCCCUGGAUAGGGGCACUUCUCCCUACGUCACUAUGGCCACAUUCGCCAAGGCUAUGUCGCUGUACCUCCGCGGUGACCUGGAGGAACGUAUCACUUACGCUUUUACGUGUUAUGAUCUAUUGGGAGAGGGAUCGUUACGGAGAGAGACUAUGUACCAGUUGAUGAAAAAGAGUCUGGCAAAGGCGUCCAGAGAUGAUGACGUCGAAGAAGCUGUAAAGGAGCUCGUAGACAUAAUGCUGAAGCGUAUGGACUUGGAUCUGGACGGUGUGAUCAAUUUCAAGGACUUCCAUGACUGUGUGGUGAAGACGCCAUCUUUGCUGGAGGCGCUCGGGUACUGCCUGCCCGAGCGACCGGCAGUGUAUUCCUUUAUUGCUACCUGGUGUCCUGCAUGGGGCAAGAUGUAAAGACCCGUCGAAAAAAUUAUGUCGUCACAAUUUUUUUAAAUCUAAUAAUUUUCUUUUUUAUACCUCCCAAAUAAUAAAUGUACACUAUGUAAAUCUCUUGGUUGUAUGUAUAAAUCCGAAUCAAUAGGAUCUAUGAAUAAAUCAUUGUGUUAUUAUGUAUUUAAAAAAAUAUUACCAAUUACGGUUUUCACACAUAUUCUUUAUCUAUAAAAAAAUUGAUGGGAAAUUCGUUUUUGAUUUGAUUAAGCAUAACAUUUACAUAAAUAUAAAUAGAAUUUGAAAUGACGAGCUUGCUUAAAGUAACGCCAUCUAGUUGGCAAUUUACAGUAUUUAUUUCACCAAUGCAUUUUAAAGGUGGAUUCAAGGUGGAUUUAUAUUUGUCUGAUGUGUCGUGACGUGUCGUGUCCUGACGUGAUGACUAGUUUUCACAUUAGAUCCCAACAUGAUCGAUCUUCUUUUAUGAUUGAUUAGAAUGAUAGUAAAGCAUUUCUUUUGUGAAAAACACGUGAGAUAAAAAAAAUUGUUCUGAGAUUAAGGCUGUGUAUUAUAUAUUUCAGCUCCUCGCGUCACUUUUUAUAGUAAUUCCUUCUCACUUAUAUGGUAGUCCACCACUACAAUGACCUUGGAGUUAGGAUUUUACAAAUAGUUUCUCUCGUCUGACCUCCAAAACCUUAUAGGGGAACCUAAACUGUAUUGAAUCAUGAAUACGUAUCCACUGCUUGAAUAUGCAUCAGUUUUUCUGCUUAGUAAAAGCGUAGGUUAGCAAUAAAAACUUAUAUUAUAUAACCAUUUACAAAUUCUUAUUAACUAACUCGGUGAUAUAACACUGUGCAUCAUGCUUUUUUAAGUCUUGUAUAUUAAUUGCUCUGACCUUCUCACAGUUCAAUUUCAGCGUUCCUCAUGAAAACUUGUACCUCUCAAUUACGACCAAGUCUCGAUUUGAAAUUAGUUUGGUUGGAUGGUGUUUGCGUAAGGCGAGUUCGGUCGUAGAAUUAGAUAAAGUACUCUAGAGGGAAGUGCCUUUAAUGUUAGUUCGGAUAAACAUAAACAGUCAGUUCAUGUAUGUUUUAUUUAUAUGUCAAGGUCUUUGAUUUAAACCCAGCGUAAUUUUAAUUGUAAUCCAAAUGACUUCAGUUAGAUAGAAAAAUACCUUACAUGCAAAAAAAUAUCUUACAUUUUAAGUUUAUUAUUUAAAUAAUUUGAAUAAAUUCGAUUUAGUGGUUUCGGAGGUUAGUUUUGCCUGUCUGGUGCCCGCGACUUUGGAUGUGUAGAUGUAAUAUUAUAUUAUUCUAUUCCGUUAUUUAAUAUCAUAUUAAGGUGAUAAAAUAUUGAUAACGAUUCAGUGAGUCCGAAGAUUAAUUACACAUUAAGCUACAUACUUUCUUCCUCUAAACACAUUAGUUGAAGAAAUGUGUCAUUGUGUCACAACACAAUUUUAUAUAUAUAUAGAGAUAGAUUAUGUUAACCAACAUUUACUUACCUAGUAAUAAGAACUUGCAAUCAGCAAAGGAAAUCAAGAUGAACGGAAUUCUUAGAAUCUCCACAGAAGCUAAGCCGGGUUAACAACAAAUAAAAAUCGUUUAUCUGUUAUUUAUCAUUUUAUGAAUACUAAACCUAUUUAAAAUGAAAUAAAUCGAGUUGCAUUUGUUUUCAAUGUCAGGAGCUGCAUCGAUCGUUAGCACGCAGCUUUUCAAUUGAAUUCAUAAUUUAGAGCUUAUAACUUUUACUAUUGUGCUGCACAGCUCACAUAGAAAGGAAAAUAUUACCACAUAGUAUAAAACGAAGUACCUUAUGUUUGUUUCUAAAUGUUCUUCUUUUGUACUUUUUUCCCGAAAGGCAUACAAAGGUACAUAUAUAAUGUGUUAAUUUACAAAGGACACCGCACAAAACUGAGUCAUAAAAAAAACCACUAUAAAUUUUGUAAAUCGAACGUUUAAUUUGUGAACUAACGAUUGGGAGUAAAAGGAGGGAAUAAUUUAAUUAUAUCUACAAUCAGUAGGUGUUAAGUCCAUAAAACAUAUUUCAUCUGCUGUCUGAACAUUCCUUGCUAAAAAUGUUUAGACACACAUACUUCAAAUCGCUUUUAUUCGGCAUUACAAAAAUCUAUAAAAAAUGGACAAGUGCAUUGCGUCUAUUAAAAUAUCCUUGAAUAAGCAUGGCUGCUUUAAUGCACGCCGCUAUGGGUGUGCUUAAAGUUUAUCAGUUUGUAAAACGCAAUUCUUUCCAUUUAAAUCGGAAUAUUUCAAACAUCAUUCAUAAAAGCCUACAACAAAGGUGUAUUGAAAUAUUUUUCAAAUAUCUAACAAAACUGCACAACUGAUAUCAGUCAGCGACGCGCGCUUAUAUAUAUUUAAUCGGGUGUGUGUAUUUUAGGCCAGUAUAGACGUGUUGUCCAAAAUACAUCCGAUUAACUGUUUCAUGUACUGUAUACAUCUGAACUGGACCGCAUGCUCUAGAUUUAUAUCAAUAAUCUGUUGCUAUUGUUGUAACCACGUUUAGUAUAUAGAUAUUAUUCGUAGCAUCCAACGAAUAAAGCGGAGUUAGUUAAUGCAGCUUAGCUUGACUAAUGUUUAUUUUUACUGUUUCCCAGGUAAGCACGGGUGAAAAUGCAAGUUUUAACCUUGUUUAAAAGGUUCCACAAAACUGGACAGGAACUUUCUAAUGCUCUUAUACGGGUCGAUGUUGCUCCUGACAUUGAAAGCUUUGAAAGUAUUAUGCCAGGUGAACUGUGAGGAAAAUACUUCAGGGAAACUACAAAGGCUUCAGUAGGUAAAUAAUAAUUCAUUUUAAAAUGCAAACAUUUAUGCUUGUUGUGGUAGAUAUGGUGAAUAUUGUUGUAUCAUUUUGAUAAUUUUUAAA